AACACAUUGGUAUUGAACGAACUAGAUACUGUUCCGAAAUAUCACUUACUCGAACCGUCCUGACCGCGUAGCUCAGUUGUAAGAGCAUUGGGCUAGUAUUCCAAAGGUCGUAGGUUCGAAUCCCACCGUGGCCGGGCAUAUUUUUCAAGCUCGCCCGGUGUGGAUAUGCACUCAGAGUAACAUCGCAAACAUAAUAUUCACCUGAGUACACAACAACAACACAGAAAAAAAAUUCAUAUUACUAGAACACUUUGGUAUUGAAGGAACUAGAUACUGUUCCGAAAUAUCACUUACUCGAACCGUCCUGACCGCGUAGCUCAGUUGGAAGAGCAUUGGGCCAGUAUUCCAAAGGUCGUAGGUUCAAAUCCCACCGUGGCCGGGCAUAUUUUUCAAGCUCGCCCGGUGUGGAUAUGCACUCAGAGUAACAUCGCAAACAUAUUAUUCACCUGAGUACACAACACCAACACAGAAAAAUUCAUAUUACUAGAACACGUUGGUAUUGAACGAACUAGAUACUGUUCCGAAAUAUCACUUACUCGAACCGUCCUGACCGCGUAGCUCAGUUGUAAGAGCAUUGGGCUAGUAUUCCAAAGGUCGUAGGUUCGAAUCUCACCGUGGCCGAGCAUAUUUUUCAAGCUCGCCCGGUGUGGAUAUGCACUCAGAGUAACAUCGCAAACAUAUUAUUCACCUGAGUACACAACACCAACACAGAAAAAUUCAUAUUACUAGAACACAUUGGUAUUGAACGAACUAGAUACUGUUUCGAAAUAUCACUUACUCGAACCGUCCUGACCGCGUAGCUCAGUUGUAAGAGCAUUGGGCUAGUAUUCCAAAGGUCGUAGGUUCGAAUCCCACCGUGGCCGGGCAUAUUUUUCAAGCUCGCCCGGUGUGGAUAUGCACUCAGAGUAACAUCGCAAACAUAAAGUAUAUACUGUUUUAUUUGUAUGUUCAGCAUCACCGAUACGAAGUCUGUCGCUCCUACGAAAGCGAAACACAUUUUGAGUCGUUCCUAUAUCAUUAACCUUGAAAGGAUAUUUAUUUUGUUUUAUUUGUUGCUAAAAUUUUUAAUUAAGAAUUAAUGAUACCAAUGAAAGAUCUAAUGUUCCGUAAAAUAAGAAUAUAUGUAAUAUUUUAAUUUUAAGCCGCCAUCUUGGAUUUUUGCGUUUCAACGCGAAAAUGCUUGUCCGAAAACGUGUUUUAACAUCGAAAACGUUGCCAUCAUAAGACGUCGUUUUCAUCUGUUUUCAUGUGGAGACAACUUGAAAACGACACUUUUUGAAAAGGCUCGAAAACAUCUUGCAGUGUUUACAUUUACAGUAUUAAAUAGUUAUCAUCGUUUAAGAACAUUGCAAUGAAAAGGAUGGUAGGUAGGUAUAAGGCCCGGUUUAGACGCCGUGCUUUUCAUGAGCCGAACUUAAUUCAUAUUUUCCUCGAGUAAAAUAUGCGAACUUCUAAUUUUGAUUUAGACAGGCGCGCUUUUCGUGAGCCGUACUUAGUUGAUCAGCGCUCUUUCGCUUCGAAUACUGGGGCGAGCGGCAUGUGAUAACAAGAAUAAUGGCGAGAAAAUUGAUUUGUUAUCUCACAUUUAUGAUCUUGGCAUUUCUGAGCAUUUGUUUGUGGUUAAAUUUAGGGACUAAAUCAGCUUUUUUAAAAGCUAAUGCAAACAAAGCAUGAUACCUUUUCCAAGGCCGUUAAUGGAAAUCCCACUACCCGCGUCCAGUUUUCCCCGAUUAUCCUCCCAGAUCCACCAAAACAGAUUUUACUAAAUCCUUCUAAAAAGAGCUCCACUCCAUAUUUACCUGACAAUUGUUCGUGCGACAAUGAGACAGUAAGCACAAUUCCUGUUAUAAUCUCGAAACGAAUUAAUAAGAAAUAUAAUGUGCGAUAUCGACAUGACUCCAUCCGGCCAAAUAAUUUAAUUAAAAUUCCUAUUAAACACUUGCCGGGUUCCCAACAUACGUUCGUUCCCUCCCUAAUGCUAUCUAAUGUUAUGUCAUUGGUGCCCAAAAUAGAUGAAUUACGCGAAGUUAUCCUCAAUAGUGAUGUAGAAAUAGCUUGUAUUACCAAAACGUGGCUCAGAGAUCAUAUCGAUGAUAACGUUGUUAAUGUGUCAGGAUUUAGGUUGGUUCGCCUUGACAGAAUUAACAGUCAACACGGGGGAGUCUGUAUGUACGUUAGGAAUAAUAUUCAAUACAACAUUGUACAAGACCUUUUAGACAGCAAUUUUGAAAUCGUCUGGGUUCAUAUUCACCCUACUCGUCUUCCAAGGGGAAUUCCAUGCAUAAUUAUUGGAACGUUAUACCAUCCUCCAAGUGCUAACAAUCGAGAGAUAUUAGAUCAUUUAUUAAAAUGUCUAUCAACAAUCGAAUCUCGUUUUCCCAAUAGUGGUGUCAUCCUGCUUGGAGACUUUAACAACUUAAACGUCUCUAGAAUCAAACGUAACUUUAGGCUUAAGCAAAUUGUCAACUUUCCCACACGUGGCCGGAACACCUUGGACCUCAUCCUAACUAAUUUGAAAGACUAUUAUGCUUCCCCCAUUAAACUCUCUCCCCUCGGUCUUUCUGAUCACGUAACGGUUAAAGUUUUACCGCUCUCCCGAACAACAACAUCCAAGUCCAAAACAAGCAUCAAAACAAGGGACAUUAGACCAACGGAACGUUUAGCAAUGAGAACAUAUUUGGAAGCUGUUGACAUUCAAACCUUGAUAGAUAAUAAGAUCUCUUGUGAGGAAAAAACUACGAUGUUGGAAAAAAUCGUUAGCACAGGUAUGAAUUCCCUUCUUCCAAUGAAGAGGAAAACGAUCAUAGCUAACGAGCCCCCAUGGCUCAAUGAAAACCUUAAAAAGUUGAUACGUGCGCGCCAGGAAGCCUUUUCCUUGGGUGACAUGGUUACCUUCCGAUUACUUAGGAAUCAAGUUAAUCGAGAGAGGAAGUCAAGCCGUGCAAAAUAUUACGAUUCAAGAGUUAAACAAUUGAAAGAAUGUGAUCCUUCCGGUUGGUGGAAGGAAAUUAAGAAACUUAGUGGGAUGUCUGCAGUGUCAAGUGACAGUACAACUUCAAUUCUACAACAUGUUGUUUGUGACCCAGUCGAACCGACUCCACUUAAUAUUGCCAAUGUUAUUAACAACGCAUUCCUUGCCUCAAUGAGUGACUUUUCUCCAUUAUCUCCCAACGUCCGUCUUGCCACCGAUAAAGAACCCCCAUUUACCGUCACAGAGCAAUCAGUUUUUCAGAAACUGUUAGCACUAAAUCCAACCAAAGCAACUGGGCCAGAUGGUAUUCCCUGCUGGCUUUUAAAAGAGAACGCCGAUAUUUUUGCACGACCAGUAAUGUCGAUUAUUAACUGUUCAUUCUUGGAGUCUCGCUUACCUCCUUCAUGGAAGCAUGGAUAAUAAAAUAAAUGGAUAUGAAACUAGCUGACGUGACCUAAUGUUUUUACUGGGAUUGAUGGCGUGGCUGGGUGCCUCAACCUAGUUGAAAACCAAAUUCUCAAAAACGGCAUGUUUAGCAAUAAUACAGCUAAACAUUUUAGUCAAAGAGCAAAUAAAUGUAACCACGCUAUUCUACGAUGAAAACUCUAAGUAUUCCCAGUCAAUUUUAGCAAAUAUUUCAAGCACUAAACAGUGAAAAAUACAUCGCAAAUUUCGCAAAAAUUUGUGACGCCAAUUUCGUAGCUACAAAUGUAAAAAAAUACAAAACAAAGACGGAAAACAUUUACCUUGAAUACUUUGUCGUGGCUUAGGCAUGUUUUUAAAACAAUUAGACCAGUUUACGCUUCAAGAUCACCCUUUUAAAGUGGAAAAUAUAGCAAAACAACAAAAAUGCCGAGAACUUUGGUAACAUUCGCAAUACGCGUGACGUCACGUUUUUCAACAAGGAUGCAGUCAAUGACGUCAGAAGUUUCCAAUCCAUUUAUUUUAUUAUCCAUGAUGGAAGGAAGCCGAUAUAGUACCAAUACCUAAGCAAAAACCUGUCAAUGACGUAAAUAAAGAUCUAAGACCAAUCUCUCUGACUCCAGUGCUCUCUAAGGUCGCUGAGGAAUACGCAGUUGAAUGUUUUGUAAAACCAGCUGUAUUGAAAAAAGUUGACCCACAACAGUUCGGUACAUUACCUGGCUUGAAUACCACCUAUGCUCUUAUUAGCAUGCUACAUAAAUGGAAAUGUGACACCGAUGGUAAUAGUGUAACAGUGAGGAUCGUAUUGUUCGACUUCAAAAAGGCCUUCGAUCUGAUCGAUCAUGAUAUUUUAAUUCAGAAACUAGUGUCGUACGAAAUUCCAAAUAAUGUUGUCAAUUGGAUAAUAGAUUUCUUGUUGAACCGCAAACAAAGAGUUAAACUCUGCCAAGAUUGUGUUUUGGAGUGGCGCUCGGUCCCCGCCGGUGUACCGCAAGGAACAAAAUUGGGCCCAUGGCUGUUUUUAGUCAUGAUUAACGAUUUAAAUGUCUCUAAUGAUGUGAUGUGGAAAUAUGUGGACGACUCAAACAUCUCCGAAACUGUUAAAAAAGACGAAGUAAGUCAUAUCCAAUCAACCGUAGAUGAGUUCGUACGCAAGUCCAAAACCGAAAAGUUCGUGCUGAAUGAGCGCAAAUGUAAAGAAAUGAGAAUUAGUUUUACGAAAUCGGAAAAAGUCUUUCCACCCGUUACGAUAAAUAACGCCCCCUUGAAAUUGUCCCACAUGCCAAAAUUCUGGGCCUGAAUGUAUCCGACAACUUAAAAUGGAAUUAUCAUGUUAGCGAACUCGUUAAAAAAUCUUCAAAAAGAUUGUACUUCCUAACUCAGUUAAAGCGCGCCAAAGUGGGUUGUUUGGAAUUGGUACAAUUUUUUAAAUCCUGCAUCAGAUCUUUAAUUGAAUAUGCUUGCCCAGUGUAUCACGAUGGUCUCCCAACGUAUCUUUCGAGUGAUCUCGAAACUAUUCAAAGACGAGCAAUGCGAAUCAUCUACCCCACAGAAUCUUACGAAGAUGCCCUACUAUUAUCAGGUCUAACUUCCCUAUUCCUACGGCGCCAACAGAUUACUAACAAAGUCUUCCUAAAUAUUAUGAACGAUGAUGCACACAAAUUACACGAACUACUGCCUGCUAAAAACAAUAUCUCGCUUAAUUUACGGAAAAAGUCGAAAUUCAAUAACCCAAGAGUAAAAACGAACCGUUAUAGAAAUAGCUUUAUCAUCAGUAAUUCAAUUAAGGCAUAAUUAACGAUAGUAUUAGGCAAUCUAAGUAUAAACACGAUCAGUUCAAGAACUGUUUAAACAAUGAACCAUUUCAGAAAUAGUUUUUCCCCGAGCCGGCGGCGCGAAGCGCCGUGCGAGGGUACUAAUUCCCCCCGGCUAUUUACACCCGGGGAAACGAAAGCAUUAGGGAAGUCUGAAGUUCAUCAAAUAUCGCGGGCGUGGGUCACUGUGCGUGUUUCGGUGGGUGGUCAUCAUAUGGUGGUCAUCUUCACUGAUCUCAAAAAUAUGGCGGACUGUCAUGAAUAGCGAACACUGAUUGGUCAAAUUUAAAAUUUGUUGUUGUACGACGAAUGACGACUUCAACUGACAGAUACUUCAUGAAAAUAUUUUGCUUUUUGCACUGCAGUAUUUUGUACGUUUGCAAAAAACUUUGACAGCUUUCAAAGCAAUUUGCUCUAUAAAGAGUUUAAUAAAACAAUUAUGGUAUCAAAUGCCAAUUGAAAAGAUAUGGACUACUGUAUGGAGCCAAAUGAAGAGCGGCAAGGAAACGAAAAGAAAGCCGAACGUCUCGCGAAAAGGAGGGAGCCAGCGAAGACGACAACGUUUGCUCGAGGAGACUGCUGAGGAAAGAGAAGCUCGCCUGGGAAAGCGUAGAGAAGUAUGGAAAAAAAAGACUGCUGAAGCGAAAGGUAUUAAAGCAAAGGCUUGUCUUCACAACGCUAUGUACCAAUGAUACUGUAGCUAUACAAGUUUAAGUAUGAUAUUCGACCCUCUAUAUUCGACUAUUUCUUCACAAUUUUCCAAUAAAGAGUUUGUCAUGACACGCUCAAGUCAGUAUAACCAGACUGUAUUUUAUUUAUAUCAGUUAUCACAGCCACAGGCAAUUUUAUGCUGUCAAAUACCGUCGGUGGCAACUAAGGGUGAACAGUUGCAGAUAAAACAUUCUCUAUUCUCAUUAAAAAGCCUGUAAAAGUUUCCAGUAGGUCUCUAGCCCAACAAGUUCAGACAAAGUUUUGUUACUUAUUUUUAUUGCACACAUGGGAAACAACAAUUAAGUGUUGUUGUUCUUGACAAACAUUGAAGAUUCUAAUCACGCGAAUGUUUUUAUGAGCGACUGUUCAUCGUUAGUUGCAAACGACGGUACAACAUACUAUGAACAUUUUUCCGACUGUGACCGAAUGUGCAACGAUAUAUUUUUCAAAGUUGUUAACAAUUCCUAAAAUUUGUUUAUAGUAAAACAGCCUGCUCAGCACUCACUACUCACGAUGAUUUCUUUAGAAAUGCACUUACCAGGAAAGGAACUGAUUCUAAAAUAUGUAAAAUUAAAAGCAUUGGCUAUUACGAUGUGAAGACAAGGUACAAACUUUUAUAGUUGCUAUUUGUUAUAAAUCCUAUAAAUAAACCGAUUCAACAAUAAUUUUGCCUCGAAUUUGCAUAUUCUAUGCUGCAUGUUUAUAUUUUAUUUUUAUAGUAUAAAAAUAAAAUUGUAAUACUAUGAAAUAAAAUACAUUUCUGUUUAUUGACCAGUACUUAUUUAAUGUCUUCUUCAUCCAGCGGUCAGAGUAAAUUUCUACUUCUAGCAAGUAAAUAUUUGACAAACAGUCUGGAAUAAGCACAGGACUUUUAAUGCAUCAGCCAAAUCCAAGUGUGCCCAUCCCCCUCGCCCAGCCAUUUUCCUGUAAAGCACAUCCCGGGGGUUGGGCAUUUCCACUCGAACCUUAGCCCCGGCGGGGCAUUUGAAAUUAAUAAUUUGGAUUCUUGCACUUCACUUGUGGAAUUAAUAUUAGAAUGUUAGGGUUUGUAAUGCAAGUGAGAAUAUAUACAUGUAUAUAUUUUGUAAUCCAAGUGAGAAUAUUUUGUAAUCCAAGUGAGAAUAUACAAAUGUACCGGUAUAGUACAUGUAUAUAUUUGGUGUAUAUAUUUUGUAAUCCAAAUGAGAAUAGUUUGUAAUCCAAGUGAGAAUAUGCAAAUGUAUAUAUUCUCACUUGGAUUACAAACCCUAACAUUCUAAUUUUAAUUCCACCAAGUGAAGUGCAAGAAUCCAAAUUAUUGAAGUCCACCUUAUCACAACCCGCACACCCGAUUACCUAAAUAUACAUGAACUUACGGUUAAAGCUCGACAGCUGGUCUCUUGUAGCUCA